AUGAAAUCUGACAAUUGCAUUGUUAAGCUCUUCAAUGUACAAUUAUUAUCCGAACAGAAGUCAAUCGAUGACAAUCAAUUAAUUGGACAUUGUGAUGAAAAUAAAUUGUUGCAACAAUUUGCCCGCCUCAACAUUAUGAGUCCAGAGGGUAUUGUGCAGCUUGUGACAGAGAAACCAAUGCUUAACACCUGUAAUGCGGUGGCAGAUGUUUUGAUCAAGAUAAACAAAAUAAUAACAAAGUCCAAACUAUCGGCGAAGGAGAAUCUGUAUGUGAAGCUUUAUAAUGGUCUACGAUAUUUUGAUGAAUCGAUUUGUCAGCAGAGAUUUUCUGCCGAAGAGAAACAUCUAACGAAUUACCAGGAUUGUUUACAAGAACUUCACGAAGAUUUGAUUGAAUGCGAAGGUCCGCCAGAUUGGUUUGAGAAAACAAAUGAGGAUGUGGUUUGUCAAUAUUAUAAUGACAUUAUCAAUUGUCAUUACACAAAGGCAGCCAUGUUGUGUGGUUUAAAGCCCGCGAAAUUAUUCCGAUCAUUUUCCAUGGGAAUAAUGCAUGAAGUUGUUAAGAUGUCAUAG